AUGGCAACGACAUUGGGGGUGGACACCCUCAAGACUCCCAAUGACAACAGUGCCUCACAGCCCGAGAAACGCGAAGAUGAGCCUGGCGAUGCGGAGAGCAUCCAAGAUGGCGCCCAGGAGCAAGAGAGAACCGAGGCAACCCAUCGCGGGUUCAAACCCCGUCAUUCACAAAUGAUCGCCAUCGGCGGCGCUAUCGGGACCUCUCUUUUCCUGGGCACAGCCCAAGUCCUACGUGUUGGUGGCCCGGCAUUCCUCUUGGUCUCGUACGGCGUCCUUUCUAUAUUGGUCUACGGCAUUGUGACCGGCAUCGCAGAGGUGGCAACCUAUCUGCCCGUACCCGGAGGAACCAUGAGCUACUAUGGAAACAAAUACGUCUCCCGCAGCCUCGGCUUUGCCAUGGGUUAUCUCUACUGGUACUCUCUCGGGAUCUUAGUGCCCUAUGAGCUUGUUGCCUCGACGCUCUUGAUCGGCUAUUGGAAUUCCCCCGUCAACCCAGCCAUUUGGAUCACUGUUAUUCUUGUUAUCAUCGUCCUGCUCAACUUGCUUCCGGUCCGCUUCUUCGGGGAAGCCGAAUUCUGGAGUGCAGGGAUGAAGGUCAUUCUGAUUCUCGGCCUCAUCUUCCUCUCGAUUGUCCUAUUUUUUGGAGGAGGCCCGAACCAUGACAGACUCGGGUUCCGGUAUUGGAAAGAUCCCGGCCCCGUCAACACCUAUAUCGAAGAAGGAGACGCUGGUCGCUUUAUUGCUCUGCUGCAGUCCUUCAUCUUGGCGUCAUUCGCCUUCGUCCUGUGCCCGGAGCAGCUCAUCGUCACAGCCGGGGAGAUGCAGUCUCCGAGACUAAACUUACCACGAGCCGCGAGACGUUACAUCUGGCGUCUAAUCAUCCUCUUCAUGCCGACCAUCAUCGGGAUCGGAGUCGUCUGUCCCUCGAACGAUCCGAGACUGAGCGUUUCCGGAACCGCCAGCUCGCCUUUCGUCAUCGCAAUCCGAAACGCCGGUAUACCCGUGUUGGACAGCAUCGUCAACGCGUUGAUCCUCCUCUCGGCGUGUACCGCAGGGAACGCGUUCUUGUAUUCUACGUCGAGAAACCUCUACUCCCUCGCGAUCGCCGGCAACGCUCCGGCCGUGUUCAAGAGAUGCAACAACUAUGGUUUACCUUACUUCGCCGUCGCCGCCAGCGCCGCUUUCAGCCCCCUCGCAUAUCUCAGCCUGUCAAACACCAGUCUCACUGUGUUCAACUGGCUCAUCAACAUCACCAACUCGGCCGGCUUCAUUAGCUGGAUCUGCUGUGGGGUGAUUUACUUCAGGUAUCAGAAGGCAAUCCAGUUCCACGGAAUUGAAUCGCCAUAUCGGUCACGCGUACAACCUUGGGGCAUGUGGGCGGGCACUAUUGGUGCUGUUUUCUUGAUGCUCAUCAAUGGCUUUCAGAUGUUCCUCCCAGGUUUGGACGAGGUCCUGGCUGCAGAGCUUCCGACUCCGGCCCGGGGAAAUAUUUCCAGAUUUCUACACGCGUUGAUCGAAUAA